UGUACAAGGCAGUAAACGAAAAUGUCGCGAGUGCCGAUAUUAGUGAUUUUGGGUUCAACUGGUUCAGGAAAAUCUAAACUUGGAAUUGAAUUGGCUCGAAGAUUCGGUGGAGAAAUUAUUUCGGCGGAUAGUAUGCAAGUGUAUAAGUAUCUGGAUAUCGUUACCGCCAAGGUGACCAAGGAAGAAAGGCAAAUGGCGGUUCAUCACAUGCUGGACGUCGUUGAUCCUCUCACCUAUUUUUCCGUCAUCGAUUUCAGGGACAAGGCGCUACCAAUUGUGGAGAAUUUAAUAUCAAAUAAGAAGAUCCCGAUUAUCGUCGGUGGUACGAAUUAUUACAUAGAGUCAUUACUUUGGAAAAUACUUGUACCGAAUUUGAAGGAGAAAAAGGAUCAAGAGAGUAAGAUUUUAAGUGACAAUGACAGCAAUAAUGAAGAUAGUGAUGGCAACACUCAGCCAAUGUUGGAAAUAAGCAAAUCGAAAGACGAAUCUUCGUCUGAAAAGAUCGACAGAAGGAUGAGUACGAGUGAGGAGACGAAGGAGGAGACGAAGGAGGAGACGAAAGAGGAAACGAGAGUGGAGGAGAUGAACAAGCAGACGAACGAGGUACUAUAUCGUAGAUUGGUCGAAAUUGAUCCGGAAAUGGCGCGAAGACUUCAUCCUAAUAAUAGAAGGAAGAUUAUAAGAUCUUUGGAAGUUUUCGAGCAAUGCGGAAUAACGCAUAGCGAAAUUUUAAAAAAACAACGAAUGGAAGGUGGCUCAGGUUUAGGAGGUCCCUUGCGUUAUCCUAAUGCGAUUAUUUUAUUGCUACGAUGCGAUAAGGAAAUUCUUAAUGAGCGGUUAAAUAGAAGAGUCGACGCCAUGAUGCAAGAUGGUCUGAUCAACGAGUUACUUGAAUUUCAUCGUAAAUACAACGAAGAUAGGAUUAAGACCAAUUUGUCACCUGAUUACACGAAAGGCAUCUUCCAGAGCAUCGGCUUCAAAGAGUUUCAUGAUUACCUCAUCUUACCAGAAGAGGAGAGGGAAAGCAAGAAGGGAAAAGAUCUACUUAAAGAAGGUCUUGACUGUUUGAAAUUGGUUACGAGAAGAUAUGCUAAGAUCCAACAGAAAUGGAUCAGGAAUCGUUUCCUACGUCGAGCCGAUAGACAGGUUCCACCGUUGUAUGAAUUGGACUGCACUGAUUUGACUCAAUGGGAGACUAAUGUUUAUGGUAAGGCAGUCUCGAUAAUAUCUGCAAUAUUACAUGGCGAGAAACCCGAAGAAAGACCUAUCAAUGAGAUUAUCCUGAAUCAGAAAACUACUGAUAGCAGUAAUGAAGUGCAAAAUUAUUGCGAGAUUUGUGAUAGAAUAUUCAUUGGUGAGUUGCAAUGGGAAGCGCAUAUAAAAGGAUUUAAGCAUUACAAACAUGUACAACGUAAAAAAAGAAUGGAAAACCAAAAUUCGGCAGAAAAGGCAAAAUCGUCAUAAAUUAAUACCAAAUUUAAAUAAUAGGAUAUUAUAUAUAUAUAUGAUGUUCUAAAACCAUUAUUCAAUAUUUAUACGAUACAUGAAACACAUUUAUAUUAAGUUGACAAAAAGAUUUCAUUAAAUAUAGGUCAAAAAGUCAACCAUUUCUGAUAUAUCAAUAUUUUUUGUUUAGUAUCAUGAAUAUAUUAAGAAUAUGUCAAGAGUUUAUUGAAGUGGAAGGAGGACAUGUAAAAUACUCUUCUAUAAAUCGAAAAGCUAAUUAUGACUCAAUUAUAACACUAAGGCUUUUUUACUAAGUACAAUAUACGUAAUUAUAAAUAUGCAUUUUAUAAAUA